AGCACAGUGACUAACGGUGGUCUAGACGUCUAUCGCGGGCGGUUGAACGAACAGGCCGAAGAACGAGCUCGUCAAUGAUCCAUCACAAUGCCUGCCAAAUCGCGGUUUACUAGGCUCGAUGCCUUUGCUAAGACAGUCGAGGAUGCUCGCAUCCGUACCACCUCGGGGGGGAUCAUCACCAUCGGCUCGUUGCUGGUGAUCCUGUGGCUGGUGUGGGGAGAAUGGGUGGACUACAGACGGGUUGUGGUGCUCCCGGAGCUAGUGGUUGAUAAGUCGAGAGGCGAGAGAAUGGAGAUUCAUAUGAACAUCACCUUCCCGCGGCUCCCCUGCGAGAUGUUGACCCUUGACGUGAUGGACGUGUCUGGUGAACAGCAAACCGGCGUCGUGCAUGGUAUCAACAAGGUGCGCCUGAGCCAAGGUGGCCAGGUUCUGGACAUCUCGGCCUUGGAUCUCCACUCUCCGGAUGCAAGCGCGAACCAUCUUGACCCCGACUAUUGCGGCGGCUGCUAUGGAGCCUCAGCACCUUCCAAUGCAAUCAAACAGGGGUGUUGUAACACAUGUGACGAGGUUCGGGAAGCCUAUGCGCAGAAGUCAUGGGCCUUUGGAAAGGGCGAGAAUGUCGAACAGUGCGAGCGCGAAGGAUAUGGGGAGAGGAUUGAAGCGCAGCGCAAGGAGGGAUGCCGUCUGGAGGGUGUCGUCCGGGUCAACAAGGUGGUGGGCAACUUCCACAUUGCCCCAGGCCGCAGUUUCACCAGCGGCAACAUCCACGCCCACGACCUCGAGACCUACUCUGACCCCAACCUGGCACCUGCGGAUAGACACACCAUGACUCACCAGAUUCACCAGCUGCGCUUCGGGCCUCAGCUACCGGACGAGCUGUCAGACCGCUGGCAGUGGACUGAUCACCACCACACAAACCCGCUGGAUGGCACGGAGCAGGCAACCGACGAGCCGGCGUUCAACUACAUGUACUUUGUCAAGGUGGUGUCGACCUCGUACCUCCCUCUCGGAUGGGAUCCGCUGCUCUCGACGGCCCUCCACAGUGCCCAUGAUCAGAUCCCGCUGGGCUCCCAAGGCCUCGUGUCUGGCACGCAGGGCAGUAUUGAAACGCACCAGUACUCUGUGACGUCGCACAAACGCUCCCUGGGAGGUGGAAACGACGCGGCCGAGGGUCACCAAGAGCGCCUGCACGCUGCGGGCGGGAUCCCCGGCGUUUUCUUCAACUAUGACAUUUCGCCGAUGAAGGUGAUCAAUCGCGAGGCCCGGCCCAAGAAGUUCACGGGCUUCCUCACCGGCGUCUGCGCCAUCAUCGGCGGCACUUUGACCGUUGCGGCGGCGCUGGAUCGGGGCCUGUACGAGGGUGCCUUGCGGGUGAAGAAGUUGCAUUCCAACUAAGGUUGUGCCAUAGGUUGGACGGGGAAUAUAAGAAACCUACCUAUCCGGGGGGAAAAAAAAGAGAAAGUAUAGCGAUUACCAGCUGGCGUUU